AUGGAGAGGCGAAAUAUUUUUUUGUGUUUUAUGUUGGUGCAAGUUGUGGGUUUGUGGGCGCAGGGAGCUGGUUAUGUUGAACGGCAAUUAUUAUGUGCAUUAGAUCAAGCGCCUUGUGAUGCUUGGGGACGUCAAGUUAAAGCUGCUUUGCCUGAAAUCAUUGGAAACAACUGCGAAAAUUGCAACCGUGCACAAUUUAAUAAUGUAAACCGUGUCGCGAGAUUUGUAGAAACACGGUAUCCGAAUUUAUGGGCGGCUAUUGUGCAGAAGUAUUCCCAGCAGGGUCAGGAACAACCGGGACAGGCGCAGGUACAAGACACGCCUGACCAAUUCUACAACAUUGCACCAGCAAUCUAAUUUAUGAUCUCUUUUAUUUUAAAAACGUGUUUUUAUAAACGUUCUACAAACACUUAAA